AUUUCUAGCAGAGGAAGUGUGUGGCUGGUGUAGCAACUGCUGUUCUUCUUGAUAGCCUGGGUUUCUCUGCACUCUCAGAGGCCUGGCCACCUGCUCACUGUGCUGGAGCAGCAGCAGCUGAUGGAGAGACGGUGACGGCGUUCCCGGCGGGUCCUCCGUAGCUACUCCCAGGGGAGAUCAUGCCCAGCUUUUGAAGGCUUCAAGCAUCUUUGACAGCCCAGGGAGACAGAGCGAUGGGCAACAGCAUGCGAUCCACCCCAGCACCUCCAGAAAGGCCCGUGCCCAGCCCAGAUGGACUGGACAGUGACUUCCUGGCGGUGCUGAGUGAUUACCCAUCUCCUGACAUCAGCCCCCCCAUAUUCCGUCGAGGGGAGAAACUACGAGUGAUUUCUGACGAAGGGGGCUGGUGGAAAGCCAUUUCCCUUAGCACUGGCCGAGAGAGUUACAUCCCUGGAAUAUGUGUGGCCAGAGUUUACCACGGCUGGCUGUUUGAAGGGCUGGGCAGAGACAAGGCAGAGGAGCUGCUCCAGCUGCCAGACACGAAGAUGGGCUCCUUCAUGAUCCGAGAGAGUGAGACGAAGAAAGGUUUUUAUUCCCUCUCGGUGAGACACAGGCAGGUGAAGCAUUACCGCAUCUUCCGCCUGCCGAACAACUGGUAUUACAUCUCCCCGAGGCUCACCUUCCAGUGCCUGGAGGACCUGGUGAAUCACUAUUCCGAGGUGGCUGACGGCCUGUGCUGUGUGCUGACCACACCCUGCCUAACUCAGAGCACAGCCACCCCCGCAGCGAGGGUCCCUGACUCGCCCGUCACCUUGCGCCAGAAGACCUUCGACUGGAAGAGGGUGCCCAGAUUGCAAGACGAUGCCGAGGGAGCCAGGAACCCACUCGGUGUGGAUGAGUCCCUUUUCAGCUAUGGCCUUCGGGAAAGCAUUGCUUCCUACCUGUCCCUGACCAGCGAUGACAACACUUCCUUUGAUCGAAAGAAGAAAAGCAUGUCCUUGAUAUACAGCGGGAGCAAGAGGAAGAGCUCCUUCUUCUCGUCACCACCAUAUUUUGAAGACUAGCCUGAGAACAGACACCAUCGUGUAUACCCAAAAUAACAAAGGUUGGAACUAUCACCAGGGAUCUGGUGGAAACGCGUGGUUUCCUGGUCCCUGGGGAACCACACAUCUUCCAGAAGCCAUGAGAAGGCACUUGGAGACUCAAAUUCACAUCUUCUCUGUCCACAUCAUGACAAAGGGAACCCCUCCCCAGUGUCUGAUCAGUACCAAGACAUCAGGAAACGUUGAAUCACGACGUGAUCAGGCAACGUUUCCAAAGAGCCCCGCGUAUGUGUGUGUGCUCAUUGUGUUUGUGGGAAAGAUAAAGAUAUUAUCUCACAAGAAAGGGCACAAGACCGUUCAACGAACCGUCCAGAUGGUCACACUCUGGGCUCAUCAGAGAUAACUUCUGAACAAGAAAAGCCCGAGAAGAAGAUGAACUGAACGCUGUGUCCUGGCCAGGCCAGAUUUGCAAACGCGUCCCCCACAAUGAACUUUUCUAGCCAAUCCAUAGAGACCUUUGGUAUGCAGCUCCUUUCUUUUUAAGGGAACUCAGUGACACUAAGCGUUAAUCUUCUUUAUCAUCCCUGAAUCCGGAGAACCCGGUGGCCUGCUGGUGCCAGAGCCACAUGCACAACAAUCAGACAGCCUCCCUGCUCCGCAGAGGGCAAGGCAAAGGGGAGAGAGGGAGGCUGCUUAUGGGAAAUUGUGAGGGUAACCUUGGAGCAGUGCAAGCUUUCCUGGUGUCCCCAGCCG